AUGACGCACGCCGCCUCCAAAGACGACCUGCGCGUCAGCACGCUCUUCGACUACACCUCGCACGUCGUCCUCGUAACAGGCGGCGCGACCGGCCUGGGCGAAAUGGCCGCACAAGCCUUCAUCCAAAACGGCGCGCGCGUCUUCAUCGCGUCCCGCAAAGAAUCCGAACUCGCCUCCACCACCGCGCGCCUCAACGCCCUCGGCCCCGGAAAAUGCUCCUACAUUGUCGCAGACCUAAAAGACAAAGCCGGCUGCCUCGCCCUCUGCACGGAGCUGAAGAAGCAAACGGACCGCCUGACGGUGCUGGUGAACAACACGGGCGCGAGCUGGGGCGACGAUUACUACAACUAUCCGGAACAUGCGUGGGAUAAGCUGUAUGCGUUGAAUGUGAAGAGUAUAUUUUAUAUGACGGUCGAGUGUGAGGGGUUGUUGGCUAAGGGGGCGGAUGCGCAUAAUCCUAGCAGGGUUAUUAAUAUUGCUAGUAUGGCGGGUAUUACGACUGUGGAUGUUACGACGGGCGAGGACGGCCCGGCAAAGGCAGCAUGCAUCCACCUCACUAAGAUGCAAGCUUCGAAACUCGCCCCGAAGAAUAUCAUGGUCAACGUCAUUUGCCCAGGCGUUUUCCCUUCGCGCAUGACGAACUUUGGGCUGGAGAAAUUCGCAGAUGCGUUGACAGCGGGUCAGCCGACUGGCCGCAUUGGCAAGCCGAGUGACUUUGGUGGGCUGGUCUUGUUCUUGAGCAGUAAGGCGAGUGCGCAUAUCACGGGUAACGCAGUGGAGAUGGAUGGCGGUGCUACGUUGACGGGCUGGAGGGGGAAGGUGGGAGGUAGUAGCGAGAGCAAGUUGUGA